GAUCGCCUGUCCGUCUGUGAUUGCAUGCAGACGGUUCUUUUGUACCAAAACGAGCACUUAAAAUAUGUUUAAAGGGAUUUGAUUUAUUUUAUGGUUAUAUGAAAAAUUUAACAACAAAAGAACAUAAUCGAAAGUAUUUCUUUCUAGAAUAUAUCUACCAGGCACCAAACGGACAGCUAGAAAUUCGCAACUUUCAGCAGAAGACCAGUACGUGUUGUUUUUGGCGGAUGUGUUUACUGUAUUUCUAGAAGUUAAAUGUAUUACCAUGUCUGGGUCUCAAGGAGUCACUGCUUUGUGUGAAAAUCCCACAGAAGUGUUUUUGGAUGUUUCUAAAUUGCUCAUUACAUACGCGGACAAUAUUCUUAGAAACCCAAAUGAGGAUAAAUACAGAUCAAUCCGUAUCGGAAACCCAACAUUUUCCACGAAGCUUCUACCUGUCAAAGGAGCAGUUGAAUGUCUCUUUGAGAUGGGAUUUGAGGAGGCUGAAACCCACCUGGUGUUUCCUAAGUCUGCAUCUGUGGAGAGGCUGAGGCAGGUGCGGGAGACAAUUGCAGCUGAAAGGGACCAGAGACUUGGUGCGAGUAAAGCUGCAUCCAGCCAACAAAGUGCCAGAGUUCCUCCAAGUGCUGCCCCACCAACACUACCCUCCGCUUCUUCUGCAGGCUCUGCUUCUGCUUCUGCCGCUGCCGUCCCUACACCUGCACCAGCUGCUCUGCCAUUCACAGAGGAUCAGUCAAGCAGCGUGACAUUUCUUAGGACUCUGCAGUCAAACUUCCAGCAUGUGCUGAUCUACGAGAGCCCUGAACUGCAGCAGAAGGCUCUGAACUGCAUACCUCAUGAACUGCUCAUAACCCGGGCUAAAGAACGCCUGAAACAAGCCAAGGAUGCAGAUCCAGCGUGUACUCUAGGUGAGGAGGACAUGUUAGUUCUAGACCUGUUGCAGUGGUUCAAAGGGGACUUCUUUUCCUGGGUGGACAAUCUGCCAUGCAGCCGAUGUGGAGGUGCAACCCAGCCCUCUGGAUCCCUCCCCCCCUCAAAUGAUGACCUACGCUGGGAUGCGGGCCGUGUAGAGAACCACUACUGUCACACCUGCCAACUCUCCACUAGAUUCCCAAGGUACAAUCACCCAGAGAAGCUUCUGGAGUCCAGGAAAGGGCGUUGUGGGGAAUGGGCAAACUGUUUCACGCUGCUCUGCCGAGCCUUAGGCCUCGAGGCCAGAUAUAUCUGGGACAGCACAGAUCACGUGUGGACUGAGGUGUAUUCUCAGUCACAGCGUCGCUGGCUACACUGUGACCCUUGUGAGAACACAUGUGAUAAACCCCUCCUGUAUGAAGUCGGCUGGGGGAAGAAACUCUCCUACAUCCUGGCGUUCUCUAAGGACCAGGUUGUGGAUGUGACAUGGAGGUACUCCUGUAAACACCCAGAGGUCCUUUCCAGACGCACACAGGUACAGGAGACAUGGCUGCUUCGUACACUUAACGGUCUCAACGCUACGAGGCAGCAGUCUCUAGGAGCAGAGAGGAAGCAGCAGCUGUUGCAAAGACUCUUGGUAGAGCUGGUGGAGUUUAUUUCUCCCAAAACGUCUACAUCUGGAGAGCUGGGAGGUCGCGUCUCAGGAUCUCUGGCUUGGAGGGUGGUUCGAGGGGAGACUGGAGCAAGUAACACUGAAGGGGAUGCACAGGAAUGUGUCUUCAUUCCUACAAAAUCUGAAAAGCAAAACAAGUUGUUCCACAUUUGCUACAACAUAAUCAAAAACUGUUACUUCAGACAGAGCAAUGGCCAAGAGACUAUCUCAGGAUGGCAGAGAGGUGCUUGGAGGACAGAAAAUAUGUUUAGGAAAGAAGAGCAAGACUGGCAGAUGGUGUAUUUGGCACGAACAGAGGGCUCUUCCUUCGGGAGGAUAAGCUGGAAGUUUAACUGCGCUCCAGUAGGGAUGAAGAUAAAGUCUGCUUCGGUCCGAGCCUUCAGCCAGACCUUCCAUUCAGGCAGCAUUCGUUGGAGUUUACGUUCCGCCGAGACCACCAUAGAGUUCCCUGGAGAUGGUGAACUGCACUCCUCUUCAAGUCUGUCCGGAGGCAAAGAGCUGAUUGUGGAGGCGGAGCUCACAGGAGGAGAGGGUGAAGUGUCAUGGCAACACACUCAGCUCUUCAGGCAGAGUUUAAAAGACACACAGAAAGUUUUAUUUGAAAUUUUGGUUGAAAUGGAAGAGUCUUAGCAUUUACACAUCUCUUGCAAAUACUCAUUUGAAAUACUAAGGAAAUGUUUCAUCAAAGGUAAGAAAGUAUUUAGUUUACUUCUAGAUGCAACCCUGCAAUCAAGGGUUUUCUUGUAACACCCAGCCAGCAUUAACUCUUACCUGCAUGUCUUCUUGCUGUAUACCAUUUUAUGGAUUUACCCUUUGUUGUCCACUUGCCAGAAAUAUUUCACUGUGAAUUACUCUGGAAAUCUGGUCAGUUCUGAAAAGUGAACUAUUGUAUUGUAACAUGUCAAAUAAAGGUGAUUUUAGAUGUGACCGGAUUUGGAAAUGAAAAAUCUGGUAUUGUUCUUAAACGAUUUUAUUUUUGAGUUCUAGGCAUCACUGUUGUACAUUUUAAAACUGACUGUACAUCAUCCUUUCCUGUUUGAAUAAAUUAAAUGAUUAAUUCUUCA